GAGGAGCAGGAUGGGGGGCAUCCCAAUGGUAUUUCUGUAGUGAGGAGUCUUGAAAGUCAUUCAGUCGCUUUGUGCCUUUCACUCAGAUCCUGGCUUUUCAGCUUGCAAGGCAAACUAAGAUGCCUGAACCUGCAAAGAAACCAGCUUCAGCUUUCAUCAAGAAACCAAAGACAACAGAUGUUAUAGCAGGAGGAGUGGCUAUAUUUGAAGCUGAGACCGAGAAGACAGGCAUCAAGGUGAAGUGGCAGCGAAAUGGUGUGGAAAUUACUACAAGUGAAAAGUAUGUCGUAAAGUCGGAGGGGAACAAGCACUCACUGACCAUUAAUAAUGCUGGAAAAGAGGAUGAUGUAACAUAUGCUGUUAUUGCUGGAAGUUCCAAGGUCAAGUUUGAACUGAAAGUCAAAGAACCAGAAAAGACAGAGAAGGUCAUCCCUGCUGAAGCUCCUCCUGAUCCUAAUGUCUCAAAUGUGCAUACUGCAGCAGAUGUUGAGCAGACAGGGGAUGCCAAGAGUUCAGAAGCUCCUCCAGCAGAAGCCCAACAAGAGGUGUCUGCUGAUCCUAUUGGUCUCUUUGUGACUCGGCCACAGGAUGGAGAAGUAACUGCUGGUGGGAAUAUCACAUUCACUGCUGUAGUGGCAGGAGAAAGCCUGCUGAAGAAACCUUCUGUGAAAUGGUUCAAAGGAAAGUGGAUGGACCUAGGAAGCAAAGUGGGGAAACAUCUCCAGCUUCAUGAUAGUUACGAUCGAAAUAACAAGGUUUACAUCUUUGAAAUGAACAUUAUUGAAGCAAAAAUGACUUAUACAGGUGGCUAUAGAUGUGAAGUGUCUACUAAAGACAAGUUUGACUGCUGUAAUUUCAACCUCGUUGUCAAUGAGGCACCUGCUGUGGGAGACAUGGAUAUCCGCUCUACAUUUCGACGGGCGAGCAUUCUGGGAGGAGGGAGACGGACGACUGCAGCCCUGUCCAGUGUGGACGGACAUGCAGAAGGCAGAGAGUUGGAUUUCAGUGCCUUGCUGAAAAAGAGAAGCUUCUUGCGCUCAGUAAAUCGAAGUGAUACAAAGACUGAAUCACAGUCAGAUGUUGAUGUCUGGGAAAUCCUUCAGAAUGCUCCUCCAUCUGAGUAUGAGAAAAUUGCAUUCCAGUAUGGCAUCACUGACCUGCGAGGGUUAUUGAAACGUCUCAAACGCAUAAAGAAGGAAGAAAAGAAAAGCACAUCCUUCCUCAAGAGACUAGAUCCUGCCUACCAGAUAGAUAAAGGCCAGAAGAUCAAGUUAAUGGUGGAACUUGCUAACCCAGAUGAUGAAGUGAAAUGGCUAAAGAAUGGGCAAGAGAUUCAAGUGAGCGGCAGCAAAUAUAUUUUUGAAGCCCUUGGAAAUAAGAGGAUUUUGACCAUCAACCACUGCUCACUGGCCGAUGAUGCAGCUUAUCAAUGUGUAGUUGGUGAGGAGAAGAGUUUCACAGAGCUGUUUGUCAGAGAGCCUCCUAUACUGAUUACUCAUCCUUUGGAAGACCAGGUAGUCAUGGUUGGAGAAAGAGUGGAGUUUGAAAUUGAAGUGUCUGAAGAAGGGGCUACUGUGAAAUGGGAAAAGGAUGGAGUGGAGCUGACCCGGGAGGAGACAUUCAAAUAUCGUUUCAAAAAGGAUGGGAAAAAACACUACCUCAUCAUUAAUGAAUCUACCAAGGAAGAUAAUGGCCACUACAAAGUGCAGACCAAUGGUGGGGAAGCAGUUGCUGAAUUAAUUGUACAAGAGAAGAAGCUGGAAGUGUUCCAAAGUAUUGCAGAUCUGACAGUGAAGGCACGGGAGCAGGCUGUGUUCAAGUGCGAGGUUUCUGAUGAGAAUGUGAAGGGCAUCUGGUUGAAAAAUGGGAAGGAAGUGAUCCCAAACGAGAGGAUUAAAAUCUCUCACAUUGGCAGAAUUCACAAGCUAACUAUUGAUGAUGUAACCCCAGAAGACGAGGCUGAUUAUUCAUUUGUACCUGAAGGAUUUGCAUACAACCUCUCAGCCCAUCUUCAGUUCUUGGAAAUUAAGAUUGACUUUGUGCCUAGACAAGAACCCCCCAAAAUUCAUCUGGACUGCAGGGGCCAGACUCCUGACACCAUUAUUGUGGUGGCUGGAAACAAACUGAGACUGGAUGUACCCAUAUCAGGAGACCCAGUUCCCACUGUGAUCUGGCAGAAAGUAAACAAGAAUAAGGACAUAGUAGUAAAAAAUGAUAGAUCCACAGCUCCUAUGGACACAAGCGGAGAGCUGAGUAAUGACAAUAAGCUUCUUGCUGAUUCUGAAGGCAGAGUCCACGUGGAGAUGUUGGUAGAUCAUUGUGUAUUCACCAUUGAAGGGGCAGAAAAGGAAGAUGAAGGAGUCUACCGAGUUACUGUGAAGAACCCAGCAGGAGAAGAUACAGCUGAUAUCACUGUCAAAGUUAUUGAUGUACCUGAUCCUCCUGAGGUCCCUCAAAUUUCUGAAGUUGGUGAAGAUAACUGUAUGGUGCAGUGGCAACCUCCUAAAUAUGAUGGAGGACAGCCAGUACUUGGCUAUAUCUUAGAGAGGAAGAAGAAAAAGAGCUACAGGUGGAUGAGGCUGAAUUUUGACCUUCUGAACGAUCUGUCCUAUGAAGCAAAGAGAAUGAUUGAAGGAGUUGUCUAUGAGAUGCGUGUUUAUGCUGUGAACUCUGUAGGCAUGUCCAGGCCUAGUCCUGCCUCACAGCCUUUCAUGCCCAUUGCUCCUCCAAGUGAACCAAUGCACUUUACAGUGGAAGACAUUUCUGACACUUCUGUCACUUUGAAGUGGAGACCCCCUGAGCGGAUUGGAGCAGGAGGGCUAGAUGGCUACAUCGUUGAGUACUGCAAAGAAGGAUCUACAGAAUGGAUUCCAGCUCUUCAUGGCCCAACUGAGCGCACCUCUGCCUUGCUUAAAGGUUUGGUGACAGGAGACAAACUUUAUUUCCGUGUCACAGCUAUAAACUUGGCUGGUACAAGUCAACCAGCAAUUACCAAAGAGCCGAUUACUAUCCGAGAAAUCUUACAACGUCCCAAAAUCUGGAUGCCACGCAACCUCAGGCAAACCCUAAUGAAGAAAGUGGGUGAUACCAUAAAUAUUGUGAUUCCUUUCCAGGGCAAACCCAGGCCUAAAGUUAUCUGGACAAAAGAUGGUCAGCCAUUAGAUUCCAAGGAAGUGGCAGUUCGGAAUAGUAUCACAGAUACAAUCCUGUUUAUCCGAAAGGCUGAGCGUCACCAUUCUGGAAUAUAUGAAGUAGAGGUGCAGAUUGAAAAUAUGAGUGAUAAGGUUGCUAUCACAAUGCAGAUCAUGGACAAGCCUGGCCCACCUCAGAAUGUGAAGAUUGUGGAUGUCUGGGGCUUCAAUGUUGCACUGGAAUGGAAACCACCACAGGAUGAUGGCAAUGCUCAGAUCACUGGGUACACAGUGCAGAAGGCAGAUAAAAAGACAAUGGAAUGGUAUACUGUGUUUGAUCACUGUCACCGCACAAAUUGUGUUGUAUCCGACUUGAUCAUGGGAAAUGAAUACUAUUUCCGCAUCUUCAGUGAGAAUCUAUGUGGACUGAGUGAAAAUGCUGCAACCACCAAAGAUUCUGCCUACAUUAAGAAAACAGGCACAGAUUAUAAACACCCUAGCUACAAACAGCAUGACUUCUCUGAAGCACCCAAAUUCACUCACCCGCUACCUGACCGCUCAGUGAUUGCUGGGUACAAUGCUACACUCAGCUGUGCAGUAAGAGGAAGCCCAAAGCCAAAAAUCUUCUGGUUCAAAAAUAAAAUGGAUCUUUCUGGAGAUGCCAAAUACCGCAUGUUCAGUAAACAUGGAGUGCUGACCCUGGAAAUCCGAAAGCCCAGCCCCUUUGAUGCAGGCCUUUACACAUGCAAAGCUGUGAAUGAAUGUGGAGAAGCGGAAAUAGAGUGCCGACUGGAAGUCAGAGUUCCACAAUAGAAUCCUGAUGUAAUCAUUGCCACCAGGUCUAGGUAAGGAAGCA